AUGGCAGUCCAGCUUGGUAACCGUUCGACCACGGAGGCAGAAAGAGACUUCCCCGGUGACGAUAAUGAUCCUGACCACCUUGUCUCCACUAUACCGGAAGACACUCCUCACAUUCCCUAUCAGCCUCUGAAGAGGUCUGAUGAUGAGAUCCUAGAAAGAUCCAGAGAAUUUUACGACCUGAUGGCGAAAAGGCGAACAGUAAGGGCGUAUAGCACUGAAGCUAUUCCUCAAGAGGUUUUGGAAAAUAUUAUCAAAACAGCCGGGACAGCCCCAUCAGGUGCUCACACUGAACCCUGGACAUUUGUACUAGUUCAAGACGCCGAAACCAAAGCUGCCAUUCGAGAUAUCAUUGAAGAAGAGGAAUAUCUAAAUUAUUCCAAGAAAAUGUCCAGACAAUGGGUGACAGAUUUAACCCCGUUCCACACAAAUCAUAUUAAAGAAUACUUGUCUGAUGCUCCCGCGCUUGUCUUGGUGUUCAGACAAACGUACUCAUGGACCAAAAAUGGGAAGAAAAGCAUGCACUAUUACAGUGACAUGAGCGUUUCCAUUGCUGUUGGAAUCUUGUUGGCUGCUGUUCAGGAGGCCUAUAUUCAGCAGUGGACGUCUUCCGGUUAAUAUGAUGAUGGUGUU